AGCACGACUACUUGUCAGUUGUCAGUGGAUGUCAACAAUUCAUAACAAAAAGUGAAUGUGUUUUUUCCGUAGUUUUUUCAAAUUACAGAAUUCGCAUUUAAAAUGGUUUGUGAAAAAUGCCAGAAGAAACUCGGUAAAGUAAUAACACCAGAUCCAUGGAAAAGUGGAGCUAGAAAUACCACUGAAUCUGGUGGCCGAAAAGUUAAUGAAAACAAAGCCCUAACAGCCAAUAAAAACCGAUUUAGUCCAUAUACGUCAAAAUUUGAAACUUGCAGAAUAUGUAGACAAAAAGUUCAUCAAGUUGGAUCGCACUAUUGCCAAUCCUGUGCUUACAAGAAAGGAAUAUGUGCCAUGUGUGGGAAAAAACUGUUAAGUACAAAGAACUAUAAACAGUCUUCUACUUAAAUGUGAAUAGAGUGUUAGUGUUACUUAAAGAUAGAUUCUGACAAUUUUAUUAAACUUCUGUUUUUUACAUAAUGUAGUAUUUUUGUGCACAUUAAUCUAAAAUUGUAGAAGUACAAAAUAAAAUGUAAUUAAUUAA